AUGGUGCGGGAUCACUUCCUGGCAGACGACGCAGAUGUUGGCGUCUUCUGCCGGCGCUGGUCCUGGGUGGCUGGCCUCGCCCACUCGAACGCCUCGGUAACCCCAUCGCGCGUCGCGGCAGCUUUUGGAGGGGUUGCGCUGGUGCUGCUGCUCGUGGUGGUGCAGGUCGUGGUGGUCUUGGUCGCUGCGUUGUGCUGUGCGCUGGUGUUCUUGCGCGUGGUGCUGGUCGCGGUCGUGGGCGUUGUUGCCGCUGCGGUGUUCCUGGUCGCGCUGGUGUUGCUGCGCGUGGACGCGGCGGUAGCAUCGUGGGCUGCCACUGGACGGCAGUGGCAGCCUCGUGUUGGCAACGCUCUGCGGUUGUCUGUCUCCGGCGUCCCCACCCCGGUAGAACCGGUCCUCGAGGUUGGUCUGUCGCCUGGAGAAAGAUCCCUGCUGCCGCAUGGUCUCGGCAUGUUCGUGGUAGCCCGCCGGCGAGCCGCGUGGCAAGACCUGGAGGACGCGAUCGCCGAGCACGUCAUGCUCUUGGAGUGGGCGGCGGCCUUCGAGCGGCGCCGCGCUUUUCGGGCCGAGAGGUUCGACAGAAGGCAGGUUUGCUUCGAGCGGUGGCCGCAUCCUGCGGUGCCCCCGGUUGCUCUGGUCCUCCGCCCCGGCGCUAUGGAGUGCCGCGCGCGGGCGCCAGCAGCCUCAGGAUCUGCAGCUGCAGACGUUCAUCCACCAGCGCUUCAUGAGAUCGCCCGGCUCUUCAGGGAUGAGGUGCAGCCAUCGCGGACCGCGAUGAACAACCUCGAGGGCCAGUUUACACAGCUGAGCGGGACAGUGGGGACGAGGAUGAACUCAGCGGAGGAGCGGGUCGGGAGUUCGGAAGAGAGACUUGAAGAGGUGGAGAUACGCCUCACGAACCUCGAGAACAGUUUUGACUUGAACGAGACGCCCCGCUCCAAUGCGAGCGCCAACGACGACGUAACGGAGAGGAUCCGAAAGUUAGAGAUGCAGCUGUCUAUGCUCCGGGUCGUCGGCCCGAACGCCACAGAGACUCAGGAGAAGGACAAGACCAUGGUGCUCGGAGGGGGUUACGAAGCCAAGGCUGUUUGGGCAGAUCCGGAGGGAGGCAAGGUCUGGGUAGGACAGGAGCUCGCAAUGCACGUCGCCAUCGACAACGGCAGCCUCAAGGUAGAGUACGGGACGGACUGGGAGGCCUGGUUCUCUGACGCAAACUACCCGGACUUGCCCAACCUCAUUGCGAAGAUGAAGAGCAAGUGGUAA